AUGGGCGUAACUCGCCGCCUAACGCGAACGGUUGUCCGCCAAUCUCGAAAGCUCUCUCGUAAAGUACGUACGUACCGUAUGUACGAUACUCGUACAAUCCCCUAUCCCGGUACCAUCCGUUUACUAACCCUAUGUCCAGCUUCUGCAUCGGUCUCCCCUCUUUGGCCACCACAAAACCUCCGCUAAUGUGGCCAAUCUCCCGCCGCCAAACUGCCCAGCCCUCGAACGCCAAGUUCUCUCUCUCGUCAACAGCACGCGUAAGUCGCGGAACCUGCGCUCUCUCUCUCUACAUACCUCCCUGACUUCCGCCGCCAAGGAUCACUCACUCGACCAGGCGCGACGUCGCAAAAUGACACACAAGGGCAGGGAUGGUUCCACUGUGUCGCACCGCAUCACGAAACGGGGCUACAAUUAUCGCUAUGCUGCGGAGAAUGUCGCGUAUGGGCAAAGCUCGUCGCAGAGGGUCUUUGACAUGUGGAUGCACAGCAGAGGACAUAGAAAGAAUAUUUUGAAUGACAGGGUCCGCCAUAUGGGGGUUUACGCGGCGAGGGGAAGGAAUGGUAAACUGUAUUGGACACAAGUUUUUGGUACUUUGCGGUAGCUGCCGGGCGUAGCAGUGCACUCCGCCGUCUUCUUUGUAGCUACACAGGGGAAGGUGGCCUGUGGGGAAGCCUUUUAACGCUCCCCCAUCAUCGUCCGCGAAAUAACGGUGUCUGCAAGGAAAUCAAAUCUUUGAUUCGAAGUUGCGGGGUACUUACUACCGCUCUGAACGAAUGUGCACAACGCGAGUUGAGACUUUGGACCAGAACUUUGGGGGCAUAUUCUUCAGAGAACGUUGCACAUCUGGAAGCCUCGCUCCAACUGCUGUCUCAAAGUAUCGCUGGUGUGAUGAAAUGACUAGUGAAUGCCUUAGCCGUCUUGGAGGAUAUGUCUGUGCAUGGCAUAUUUGUCUUGUUCGGUGUCGGUGGCCGUUUGCAUCAAGAGUUGACACGAUUUUUCUGGACAGCUGGCAGCACUCUGGUGGAUGUCACGGAUGGACUCAACCAUGAACUUGAGACGCUUCAACCAACGACACACUGGCCGUAUUUUCUUAUACUACACUACCCUUGGGUAGUUGAUUUUGAACUGUAUCGAUGAGGAUAUUGCGUAAUGAAAGGAUUCAAUGAAGCUCGUAGGUAUGCACGCCAGAAUAUGAUGAUGCACGCGAUUCAAUUUAAAAUGUAUUUAUCCA